AUGGCAACUCUUCCUCCUCCUGCUGUAUCUCAGUGGGAGGUGACUGCUUGUCAUACACCUCGCCGUGUGCUUCCUACCCAUCCUACCCUCUCCUCUCCUAUCGUUGAAAGUGAGAAACCCGUUGGAUUCGGCUCGUUUGGUGUCGUCUGGGAAGUGACAAACCCGCGGGAUGGGCGUCGCGUGGCGCUCAAACGCAUGACGAACGUCUUUGAUAGCGUCGCUGCGGCCAGGCGUGUUGUUCGUGAGCUGAAGAUGCUUUUCUUUCUGAAGCAUGACAACGUGUUGGCCGCGCUUGAUGUUGUGAAACCUUCGUCUCUCUAUUUCACUGAAGUUCACGUGUUAUUUGAAUUGAUGAUGUCAGAUCUCCACAAAGUCAUAUAUUCCUCUUUAUUUCUCACAGACUCACACAUCAAAAUUUUUCUCUAUCAGAUCUUGCGAGGCAUGAAGUACUUGCACUCAACCGGUAUCCUCCAUCGUGACUUGAAACCAGGAAAUCUCCUCGUCCAUAAGGAUUGCUCUCUGAAGAUCUGUGAUUUUGGUUUGGCUCGUAUGGCUGCAUCUGAUGCAUCGACUGCCAUGACACAAGAAGUCGUCACUCUGUAUUAUCGAGCCCCUGAGAUACUAGCCGGCUGCCCACAUUACGACUCUGCCAUCGACAUGUGGUCAAUCGGAUGUAUAUUCGCAGAGUUACUCGGCCGUGCCGUUCUCUUCCACGCGUCGAGUCCGAUCACUCAGCUAGACGAGAUCACAGACCUUCUAGGAACUCCGACUCUCACAGAACUGCAUUGUGCGUGUGAGGCAGCUCGUAUGCACAUCUCGAAGCAAAACAAGCAAAGCCAACUGAACAAUCUCAACAAUCUCUCAUCGAACGCGACACACGAAGCCGUUCAUCUUCUCUGCCAGUUUCUCAUCUUUGACCCUAAGAAAAGAAUCUCGUGUUUCGACGCUCUCUCGCAUCCGUAUCUCGAUGAAGGGCGGCAGUACUACCACACGAUGCUCUGCACGUGUUGCCACGUGAGGAACGGCAUACGUGUGUACAGCCGCGAUCUCGAACCGUCGAGCCCUCAUCUUUUCAACUCGUUGUACGAAGACAGUGUGAUGUACGUGUCCAGUUUACAACACAUUCUUCGACAGUUCAUCUCACAAGUCAAUCCGGAAAAGCCGCCACUUUAUAUCAACCCGGCGGCGGCCGUUUUGCCAAGUUUCUUCCGGACUCGUCCUGGACGAGCGCCCGAAACUUCAUAGUUGAUAACAACUGUAUAGAUGCGUGGGUGUGGACUUGAGAUUGCCGUUGAAUGUUAUAUAUGUUAAUUAAACAGACAGUAAAGCGA